AUGUCGUCUUCGUCUGUCAGAAACACUCAAGAAACAGCCGCUGGAACUGGUUCAAAGCUUUCUUCUCUUGUAACCUCGAUGGACCCUUCAACUCAACACGACCUAUACUCAGCAACACGGUCUUCUAAAGACCUGUCGCCAAAUGCUCGUAAAAGAGCUUAUCCAGACUCGGAUCCCCGAUCAGACACUGGUGGUAGUGCUGCUGCUAAUAACAAUCGAUCAAUGGCCCCUGUAGGAGGUAGACAUUCUCUUUCCUCUCCUUCACUCUCUCCAUCCACAUCUUCACCAUCUAAUACUCCACUGCUCAAUGCAGCUACUGGUCCUCCAGGGUCAGAGCCUUCUGAUGACCCUUUAAAACUUACCCACCAACAGAAAAAGGUCUUUCGUCGUUCUUACAAGGCAUGCAUUAACUGCCGUCAAAAGAAAAUCAAGUGCGAUCUUGGGGACCUUUCCAAUCCAUCAGACCCUCCAUGUGUUCGAUGCCGUCGUGAAGGCCGCAAGUGCGAGUUUAGUGUCUCGCGACGCGGUGGUGCUGGCAAUAUUCGCAUGGGCAAACAGAAGAAAAUGGCGGCGGCUGCUUCUGGGCUUGGAGGGUCAGAAGGAAAUAGCUACAAUUUUGGUGGGGCCCGCUCUUCAAACUCAGUCACAAUCUCACACUUGUCUUAUGAUCCUGAGGCCCUUGAAAACCGUAUUUUGGAGCAGCGUGCUUUAGAAGAAUCCGCAAACGUUGGAGCUACGGGCGUUCCUGAAGCUAUAUCCGAAGGUGCUGGUGUCAUUACUGAAACUGAGCUGCACAACCCAAGUGAUGCAUUAGGAAUUUUGGCUCAAGCGGCACGCAGCCAAACUAAAAUUGAUAGCCGCGGAUCCAACUCUCGCGUGGAUUCGCCCGGAAGCAACAGUAGUAGCAGCAAUAACAACAACAACGGAAAUGAUAACGGAACUCAUAAUUGUAACGAAAACCAGCAAGAACAGAGCCCCAGCAGUAAUAAUAGUAGUAGUAGUAGCAGCAAAAAUAACAUUUCCGGGACUUUGUUGCCGACGCUUUCCGGUACCAAAACAACAACAACAAUGGCAACGGCAACGGGAACGGCUACGUCAGCGUCAACGUCAACGGGGACAGCAGCAACAACAACAGUUCAAGCCAACCAGCCUUUACACCUAAAGUUUCAUAUGGAUCCAACGUUAUCUCCACAAGUGACGGCUCAAAAUCAUCAGAGUACACAGCCAACCUCUACAAAGUCUGGCACACAUACCGAUCCUCCAUCGCCAUUCACCCAAUACCCAGCAAAUUCUUCUUCGCGGCCGGAGUCUAGUUCUUCUGCCCGCCAACAACAGUUUCCGUCACUACCAAAUCUUUUACAUAACUCACAGCGUCAAAACAACCAACAACAGCCGCAACGAUCAUCGCAACAACAUAAUAAUCAAGAUAGACAUUCUUCGAACCAUGGUACCACACGCUUUAAAGCUCUUCCAGACUCAGAAAACCGAAUCCAAUUUCAUCACUCAAUCAACGAUGCUGCUGUGGUUCGCGAAAAUUACUUGACCAGCCAUGAAGCCAUUCUUUUUAUUCGCUUUUUCUUUGACAAAUUACACCCCUUUUACCCAUUUAUUCCUGAUGAGAUGCACUCGACAGAGGUACUAGCUACCAUGCCCAUCUUGCUAACUGUUAUUCUCACCAUUUCAUCGCGUUAUUGCAAAUCUGCCGAACAGGGAACCAAAUAUAGCAUUUCUUCUUCACGUGGGUCUCAAAUCCACCACAGUUUGUGGAACUACUGCCAAACUCUGGUGUCAAAAACUGUGUGGGGUGAAGCCUCCACCAGAUCUAUUGGUACUGUCUACAGUUUUCUUCUUUUAUCCGAAUGGAACCCCCGUGCUAUCCACUGGAGGUUCAACGACUAUGCAAACUCUCCUUUAGGUGAUUCAAAUGAUUCUCCACAGUCGUCGGUUGACACCAGUAGGCCAAAGAAUAAGGGACGAAACAAAUCAGCACAGUCUUCCCAAGAAACCCCAGAAGAAGAAAUUGAUGGCAGCGCUGAUGAUAAUAACGAUGCUACUGAACCACCAAAACCUGUUCUUCCACCGGGAGAUACUGUGUUUAGCGCUUCAGAACGUAGUGACCGUAUGUCGUGGUUGCUUAUAGGAUCUGGCAUUCGACUAGCUCAAGAUCUUGGAAUUUUUGAUACUAAUAGUAAAGUGUAUCUUGCAACACACUUGUCCGAAAUCGUCCUCGCUCUGCGGCUUGGUCGACGCUCCAUGAUUUCAUCUUGGCUCAAUGAAGAAUCUCCAGAACUUAUAUUUAAUAGCUACGAACAAGCAAAACUGUCGAUUUUGCGUAUAAUGUCACUUGCACACGAGACCCUGUAUGUCUCUCGCAAAACUACACGCAAUUUGCUUAAAGGUCACAAGUUUCUUGCCUUUUUGAAUCUUUUUGCGCCGCAUCUAAUCCACUGGGAAAACACAUACAUGAACCUGCUAAAUGAGCUCGAAGGAGAGUCUAAUCUUGAGCGUGAGUCCAUUUUGUUUGACUAUCAUUACACUCGUCUGUACAUUUACUCACUUGCUCUUUCCAACGAAACAAUCACCUACCCGGGCCAAAACGAUGGAGGCACGUUCCCCUCUGACUCGGAAGGCGGGAUGUCUAACCCGCUUCUUUUAAGCGACGGAUUGUCGGCCACAAAGUAUGUCGGCAUGGCUACAGACGCUGCUCGCGAAAUGUUGGCUGUUGCUUAUCGUGUCCAUCAAAUGGACCAACUAUGCCUAGCUCCUAUUCGUUGGAUUGUACGCUUAGUUCACGCGGCCGUGUUUCUUGUCAAGACUGUGUUACUGACGCCCACAGGGUCCAUGUACAUUCACAAGUCAACGGUUGCCAUGAUUCGGCGCACUGCAAACAUGCUCAAGGACAGCUCUCCCGAUGAAUUACACUUGGCAAAUAGAUAUGCUUCAAUUCUACUCCAUAUUUGCCAUGACAUGGCUGAAAAAUGCAACAACUUCCAAAUUAACGAGGAAACUGCACCAAACAAUAAUAUUAGAGCAGCAGCAGCCAUUAUUAGUGCACAUGGAAAUGGACCUCUAUCUCAACAACAACAAGAUAUUCAGUUGCUCCACCGCCUUAAAGACCUUCAAAAACAAGAUUCUCCUGGGCGUAGCGUCAGCCCAGUCAACCCGCCAUCAAAAUCAGCUGAAAACACCAACAGUAACCAGCAGCAAUCACAAGUGCAGCAGCAGCGGGUUACGCCGCAACCGCAACCACCGUCGAUUCACGAACAGAUUGCAUCGCAGUUUUCGCCUACAGGGCCUAAAUCCAAUAACCUGUUUGGAAGCAAUAGCAAUAGCAAUAGCAAUAGAAAUAGCAAUAACAAUAACAAUAGCAGUGGGAACACUACACAAAUCAUGCUCGAUGGUGUUGCUCGCUCGCAGGAUCACCAGCAACAACAAUCGUUUAGCAAUUAUAACGUUAACAAUGUGUCUACAGGUUACACUCCAAAUCCUGUACGAAGCCCUUCUUAUGAAGACUAUGCUCCAUUUAAUCAUUCACGGUACAAAAACACCACAGGCCAGCAAAACAGCUCUAACAACAACGCCAAUUCACCAAUACCACUUUUACCUGUACAACAGCAACAACAACAACAGACUUCAUCUGUUUUGCAAGCGGGUUCCUUGAUGUCAGAAUCAUCACAGAGUCAAUAUGAACAAGGGAAUAACACUAAUUCCAACAGCAAUAGUAGUCUCUUUCUCGGUUCUGGACUAUCACCAUUCUCAAACAACUUUUCAUACAACAACAGCAGCAGCAACAGCAGUGGUGGUAAUAAUAUUUCGAGCGGUAUAAAUGUACAGCAGUCUAGUGCUAUUCCACCAACACCUUCCUUCAUGCAUUUUGGAAUGCUUCCUUCAUCUGUUGCUUCUAACAGUUCUUCAUCAAUGCCCACUGGUACAUCUGCGGCUCAAACCCUCCUUAAUGUUCCUUAUUCUUCUGCAGGGACAGCUUCUGGGACCCCUAACAGCAUGUUAAACACCUUUAAUCAAGACUUGAUUUUCAGCGCCACUUUUAACGACAUGUCGGACUUUGGGUUUAACUUUUCAGAAGACGGGUUUGAAGGAUUGGGAUUUGUUAACCAGUUGGUCGAUAAUUUUGAAGUACAUCAGAUCAAUACACAAAGACAACGUCGUCAAAGUAGAGCGGGACCGAGCAGUGGUAUUGGAUCGAGUAACAACUAA